AUGCCUGAAGCCCGUGCAUAUUACCCUCAGUUUGCCAAUCUUCCCGAAUACGCUGGCCCCAACCCUCCCACGAGCGCACGCAGUAUCGUCGCCGGAUUGACCAACUUGCCGCCGGAGAAGUAUAUUCAAUACGUUGAUCCGAAUGUUGCUGCCAACUUUCCUGCAGGUUCGGAGAUCAAGGGUAUCUUUUCUCAUGGAUCUUCAUACUGGACGAGAACGGCGGCCGUCCGAACUCUGCAGGCGGAUGGCAACCCUCUAGUUUUCUUCCUCAAAAUUACCAGAACACACGUCGGCAAGAUCAACUUGGAGGGCGAAUUUGCAUCAAUAUCCGCCAUUGCACAAGCCACUCCCCAUCUGGUCCCGACGCCAAUCGCGGUCGGCACCUAUGCAAGCGACAGUGAUGUCCAUUUCUAUCUUGCCAGUUUUGUCGACAUGACGGACGAUGUCCCGGAUCCCGAAUCAUUAUCAGCCAAGGUUGCAGAGAUACACUUGAAGGGAAUUUCACCGAACGGCAAAUAUGGAUUUUCAGUGCCUACCAACAUGGGUGUGUGCACGCAGCAGAACGAGUGGACGAGCUCCUGGGAGAAAUCCUUCACCGUGAUCAUGAACACCAUGUUUCAAUUCGAACAGGACAUGCAUGGUAGAGAUGAUGAAAUGCAACGAAUGCAUCAGGCAAUCUUGGAAAAAGUGAUUCCCAGACUCUUACGACCACUGGAAACAGGAGGCAGACAAAUCCAACCGCGAAUAGUGCACGGAGACAUGUGGGAUGGCAAUACCUCGAUGGAUGUGACAACUGACAGCCCCGUAAUUUUCGAUGCUAGUGGUAUGUAUGCCCACAAUGAGUACGAGCUGGGAGCGUGGAACUUGCCUCGUCACAAGAUCUACCGUUCCUACAUCAGAGAAUAUCAAAAAUACUUCCCAAUCUCGGCCCCGGAAGAAGAUGUCGAGGACCGUUUGAUCUUGUAUCGGCUGCGUUUCAAUUUGACGUCUUCGGCUUCCUACUUAUCAACCUCGCGCUUCAGAGAGCUGGUGAUCGAAGACAUGCGCUAUUUGAGCGCCAAAUAUAAGGAAGGCUACCAAGGAAUCGAGCAGAUGAAGCCAGAAUCAUGA